AAUUGCGAGCCUUUAUAUUCUAUACACAUUUAUCGCUGUAUACCAUAUUUAACGGGUUUGUAGAUUUGUGUCUCAAGGUCGCGACUUCAAUUUUCGCGAUUCUCGUUUUCUUUUCGUUGAUGUUGGAGUAAUGAAUAGUAUUCGUGGGCACACAUUCCCAUCACUUGUCAGCACAGCAGAUAAGCAAUUACAGCAGUGGUGAACUGCCUCUUCUGACCCAAUAAAGCACCUUUCAAUUAGAAAGCACCAACAAUAUCCAGGUUUUUACAGUUGAUGAUGUAGAAUCGACAAAAAGUGUUUGUAAUAUGCUAUAGGUUGUGCAUCUGAUCGAACAUGUAAAGUGUUAUUAUAACCAUGUGAUUGCUCUUGCCAUGAUGUUCUGAUGGCGUCAAUGAUAAGCUUAGAAGAAGGAUUUGAUUCGUCGAAACGUUAUGUUGGAUUGUAGCUCUGUUUCUAUAUAUUGGAUACAAUUUUUAAUAGAUAAAACAAGUACUCGGUGACACAGCAUAAGAAAUGUGAAUAGACAGCCUGGUUUUCUGCCCACACUUUACCUCCCAUCCCUUGAACAAGUAUUAUGAAUCAGACGUUUGCAUAUCUGUGGCUUAAAACAGACGGCAGGAUAAUUUAGGAUAUCAAUGCGAUAGUUUUGCUAAGACAAUUGAUUUGCUAUAAUCUUUGCUUUCGCUCAGUUAGUGUGAAUAUCCGAAGUUGUUCACUUUCCAAUUUCCUCUCCUGAGCUCACCGCCUUCGCUUUAUCUCAACUCCUCCACAAUGCAAUUCCACCUACUCGUCAUGACAACAAUUGCAGCUUCGUUUGCAGCGACUGGUAGUGCUCUCCCGCACACCAACGUAUUACCCAAAAUCGGGACUCUAAGAGGUGCAAUUAACAAUGACGCUGCCACCUUCAAUGGUCGGGCACUGAGAAACACCGAAAAUCGCGGCUUGAUUGGCGACGAUUCCGACAGCAGCAUCAGCGAUUCUGAUUCUGAAGCAAAGGAAUACCGCGCUUACAAAUCUCAUAAGGAACACUUCGGCUACCAAAUGCCAUAGAAAACUGGCUAUGACGAUAAUCGCAAGUAACAAGACAAGACCUUGUACAGUUAAACAAUGUAGACUUUCUAGUGUUUGUAACCUUGAAAAUACAAUUGUGAGA